AGCUGCGUAACCGAUGACGUAGUUCCGCAAGCUUCGCUUCACACGUGUUUAUAUGCUCGUGUGGUAAUGUUUUUUAUGUUUAUAACACUGUAAGAUUACAUUUCGCCACAAAAUGUUUUCGGAUGAUCUGAUCAGAACUAUUGAUGAUAAUGAUGACGUGCCAGAGGAGUCAGACUCAGCGUCUGAUAAUGAAGCUGAUGAGCCGAUCGUGUUGAGUAAAGAAAAGCGAGCACUGAAGGGCCGAGCGACAGGAGAAUUUUCUGUUGACUUUGAGUUUGGAGAGAGAGAUGGACUUUACAGUGAUGACUGGGCUAUGGCCGAUGUUAUGGCCCAGCUCAAGAAGAGGAAAGCUCCCACUACACUGGAUGAAAAGAUUGAGAAAGUGCGGAAAAAACGCAAAAUUGAGGAGAAAAAUCAGAAAGACAACAAGAAAACAGAAGCUGUAGCUUCUAAAGAAGGAGAUGAUGAAGAGGGAGAGGACGACGAUGAAGAAGAAGAAAAUAAUGACAUUGAUGAAGAUGAGGAUGAUGUUGAGGAGGAAGAAGAUGAGUUCUCAUCAGGUGAUGAAGAGGUCCUUAAAAAAGCAGACACUUUGAGAGAAAAACAGAAGAAAGGCAAAAGGAAAGAUGCAGAAACAGCUGAAGCGUUCUUUGAAGAUGCAUCUCAUUAUGAUGAGAAUCUCACUUUUCAGGACAUGAAUCUCUCCAGACCUUUACUGAAGGCUAUCACAACGAUGGGAUUUAAACAGCCCACACCUAUCCAGAAGGCCUGUGUUCCUGUUGGAUUGAUGGGAAAAGACAUCUGUGCGUGUGCGGCCACCGGCACAGGUAAAACGGCAGCGUUUAUGUUGCCAGUACUGGAGCGUCUGAUCUACAAGCCGAGAGAGACUCAGGUGACCCGUGUGCUGGUUUUAGUGCCAACCAGAGAGCUGGGCAUCCAGGUGCACACAGUGGCCCGUCAGCUGGCACAGUUCACCAACAUCAGCACAUGUCUGGCUGUCGGUGGGUUGGACUUGAAGUCUCAGGAGGCGGCGCUGAGGGCGGGGCCUGACGUUCUGAUCGCUACGCCCGGACGAUUGAUCGACCAUCUGCACAACACGCCGUCCUUUGAGCUGAGCCAGAUCGAAAUCCUCAUCCUGGACGAGGCUGAUAGGUGCGAGAGGCUUUGCCGUGAAACUGUGACAUCACUUCCUGAAGACUUGACCACUGAAACUCUCCGUUUUUCUUUUUCUUUCAGGAUGCUGGACGAGUACUUUGAAGAGCAGAUGAAGGAGAUCAUCAGGAUGUGUUCAUACCAGAGGCAAACUAUGCUUUUUUCAGCCACCAUGAGUGAAGAGGUGAAAGAUUUGGCCUCGGUGUCAUUAAAACAGCCCGUGAGGAUCUUCGUAAACAGUAACACAGAUGUGGCGCCGUACCUCAGACAGGAGUUUGUCAGGAUCAGACCGGCGAGAGAAGGAGAUAGAGAGGCCAUUGUAGCAGCUCUCCUAACCAGAACAUUUCAGGACCAUGUGAUGGUCUUCACACAGACUAAGAAACAAGCUCAUCGUAUGCACAUUCUGUUGGGUCUGAUGGGGUUAAAGGUCGGAGAGCUUCAUGGAGACCUGUCACAGACACAGAGAUUGGAGAGUCUGAGGCGGUUUAAAGAUGAACAGAUUGAUAUUUUGGUUGCCACAGACGUUGCCGCUCGAGGUCUGGAUAUAGAUGGUGUAAAAACUGUAAUAAAUUUCACAAUGCCCAACACAGUGAAACAUUACGUGCACAGGGUGGGCCGAACGGCUCGCGCGGGCAAUGUGGGCCGGUCAGUGUCACUGGUAGGUGAGACGGAGCGAAAGAUGCUUAAAGAGAUUGUAAAGAAAGCCAAAACUCCUGUGAAAGCUCGAGUGCUUCCUCAAGAGGUGAUUUUGAAGUUUCGUGAUCUGAUUGAGAAGCUGGAGAAGGACGUGUACGCAGUGUUGCGGUUAGAGAAGGAGGAGAAAGAAAUGACGCGAUCAGAAGCACAGAUUAGCUCCGCUCAGAGGAAAUUAACCCAGACGCCAGAUGAAAAACAAGCUCCCAGGACGUGGUUUCAAACGCAUGAGGAGAGAAAGAAAGAUCGAAUGUCGAAAGCUCUGCAGGACUUUGAUCUGGCAUUGAGAGGAAAGAAGAAACGAGCUCAGUUCCUUAAAGAGAACAAGAAGAAAGUGCUGACGGGAGAAGAACGAGCUCAGUUUGAGAUCUUGAAAUCUCAGAUGUACGCCGAACGUGCAGCUAAACGUGACCGCAAACCGAAGCGAGCGAGAGCCGUUCCUGAAGCUGAACCGGUUAAGAAAGAUGUGAAACAAAACAACAGCAAAUCUGGGAAGAAGUCUGUGUUUGACAAAGAGCUCACAAACACGAGCAAGAAGGCACUGAAGCAGUACAGAGCCGGACCUUCAUUUGAGGACAGAAAGAGACUCAGAAUUUCAAACAAGAAGGGAGGACGCUUCAAAUCCAAAUCCAAGUUCAGAAGAAAGUGAAGCGUCGACCGAUGUCAUCUGCCCCCUGAUUACAGCUUUUAUAAACCAUUCAAAUAAAAUCCUACGAAACCCAGCUACCGUCUUUACAGUAGUUUUUUGAAGUUGAUUUAUCAGAAAUGUUAUGUGUUCAUUGAAAUUAAUUUAUCAAUACAGAACAUACUGAAGUGAAAAGUCUCGUUUUACAAAAAAACUAAAUGUAACAUCAGAAAACUAAAGCAACCUCUUCACAACACGAAACAGGAAUUGCAAUGUUUUGUUUCAGGAAAAAUAACUCUGCCUGUUAUCUGUCCUUGAACUUCAGAGAGACUCAAAAUAAUGAGGAUUAAACACAUGCUGUGAAAGUCACACAGGGACAUUAGACAAAAGCUAUCCAUUUUGUAUGUAAAAUAUCAAUGUAAAUGUACAUUUGCAGUGAAAUAAAUAUAUACAUUCAUACAGACUGUCUAAAUGUCAGGUGGAAUUUAAACAUUAUGAUACACUUUUGGGAUUUAAAAGUCAUGGCAUGAAAUUUUUUUUAUGUUUAAAUGUAUUGCAAUUUAAAACAAAUGAUGCAUGCUUUAUUUUACUGUUUAUAUUUUGUAUUAUUCAUAUAAGAGCUGUUGCAUGAAUUCAUGUGUGUAGUGUAAGUUUAUGUUAACUAAUGCAAUCAACUAUAUGUCUAAAGGGUUAGCUCACGCAAAAAGUGGAUGGUGCCCAUUAAAUUCCAUAAUAUUUGUUUUCCUA